AGCGCGUCAGCCUUCUCGCAUCAAACUCGAAGCCCAGACGCGACAUUGGGGCCAAGACGGCAGUCGCGAGUCUCGGUUGGCGUGCAGUCAGUUUGCAGGCCGACACCGUACAGAGCGGACGUGUAACGUCUCUCUCAGCCCGCGCACCUUGUUUCUUGCUCUAUCAUAUUGGCCACUGACACACGACGCACCAGCGGACUGACUCUCCGCCGUUCGUUGGUCGGGCUACAUCACUGUCACCUGCUUUUUCGCCUACGGGUUUUCGAGCGGGAUCCUCGAGUUCGUCGGUUUUCGGGAGGACCACUCGGUUGGAUUUCGCGAGUAUCUCCGAAGGAAGAGGAAACUUUAUUUUCGAGUGAUCGCAUCGGUUUUGCUCUUCGUGUGCGUACCUACAGAAGUUGAUUCACCGUAAGCAGGAUCCUCCGCGUCUCCUGCGUGGAUCAUUGACUGAGAUUCGGACUGUUCGAAUUUCGAUCGACGUUUCUCGCUGAAUCCCCGUUUCGUUCGGAUUUCACGAGAUUCGUCUCUUCGUUCCCGCGACUGGUAUAUUUCGGUAUUUGUGUGACUUUUCUACCGGCGUGCGUAUCUCACUGGAUUUACCCGAGCAAGAGGGAGCACGGGGUUCAACCUGUUCUCUUCGCCGUUGGUGACUCUACUUUCGUCGCGCGUUUGGUUCGACGAACGGGAUACCCGAGGCGCCCUGCCUUCGGCCAGUGCUACACCCACCGCACCGUUGUCCAGCGGGACAGAACUACCGUAAACGUUUGAUCGUUCGCCAGGCGACGCGUGCGACGCACCGUCUCCCAACGUCUACGCAACCACCCCUCGACCAGCCAAAGUGGAUCUUUGUUCCGUCGGUCGACCCUGCUCGAGAGAAUCUUUCAAAAUUGAUGUACUAAGAAGACAAAUAAUGGUGGCAGAAUUUGUCACCCGUCAGAGUGGAUCACCUAUCAACGGUGAGACCGCAUGUCUGAACGGUAACAUGCCGGCCACCCAUACGAUGGCGCAUGCCGGUCACGGUGCUCACGGCGGUCACGACGCCCACGGACCGUUGCCGCCGCUGACCCAUCCCGCUCACCACGCCGGACCGCCGUCCAUGCAACAGCAACAGCAACACCAGCAUCAGCAGCAACAGCCGCCGCCGCCGCAGCAGCAACAGCAGCAGCAACCGCACCCGAACUUCGACAUCAGAAAAGAGCUAUUUUCUCAGCGCAAGCAACGGGAGUUCAUCCCGGACAACAAGAAGGACGACAGCUACUGGGACCGCAGGCGGCGUAACAACGAGGCAGCGAAGCGGUCUCGCGAGAAGAGGCGCUUCAACGACAUGGUGCUCGAGCAGCGCGUGAUGGAGCUCAGCAAGGAGAAUCACAUCCUGAAGGCGCAGCUCGAGGCGAUAAGGGACAAAUUCGGCAUCUGCGGUGAGUCCGUGAUCAGCACGGAACACGUGCUCGCCGCGUUGCCAGCCGAGCCGCCGAUCAGCGUUAAAAGAGCGAAAUUGCCCGCCUCCGCGGCGCUUCUGUACGCGAGGACGCCCAGCCCGGUCCACACCUCGGUGAUCCAUCAGCCAGUCAGCGGUGCCAGAUCGCCCAGGUCACCGGCACAGCUCUACGUACCGGAGACAACCGCUUAUCCCGAGUCCGAGAGUUUCCAGUACGCCUAUCCUCACCCAGCGAUGCACCUUGACACGACGAGCGCGUUGAACCUGUCGCGCGGCAGGCGAGCACAGUCGCCGUUCGAACUUUCAUCCGGCAGCGGGGACGAGGGACCACAGCUGGUGGUCAGCUCGCAGAAUCCGGCGGCCAACAACAGUUUGCCACACAAACUCAGGCACAAGUCGCGCAUCGGCGACAAAGACGCGGCCAGCGCGUUGCUGGCGCUGCAAGGCAUCAAGCAGGAACCCGGACCAAGAGCAUCGCCUCCAUGGGACAACGAGGGGUCCAGCGACGAACGCGAUUCCGGCAUCUCUUUGGGCGCCGAGUGGACCGGUCCAACGGUCGCGACCGUUCCAGAAAGCGAGAGGGAGGUGAAAUCGAGGCUCGACCGUCUGGCCUCAGAGGUAGCCUCCCUGCAGUCGAUCCUCCGUCUCGGGAAACCAACAGCUGAGAGCCUGGUCACGGCUCACCACUCGUUGCCGGCGAACGCCACCGUUAGCGGGCCGUGAGACCAGAUCGACCAUCCUCUUCCUCGUCAUCUGGUGGACCAGCGAGGAACUGUUUCUACUGACCGAGCCGUUCGCGGCCCUCUUUGCGAUCAUCAGACAGAUCCAAAGAUCCCUGAGCUGCGCUGGCAGCGACGCCGGCACCGGCCACGACGACGACGACGACGACGACGACGACGACGACGACGACGAUUCCCUCGAACUAGAUCGGUGAUGGAGAGAGCGGAUUGGAGACUUCCGGCGACGAUGAUCGAGCGAACGUUCCAAGUGUGAUGGUAGUUGGUAGUAGGGCGCACAGUUAGUCACGCGGUCUUUCUUCCGGAGAGCUUCUCGAGACGGGGGUGUACAGUUUCGUCGAGCGACUACUACCGACUUUGCAGUAUUGGACCCGCGUGGCACCUUGGUAAUCGGCCAAUGUCGCGUGCAACAGAAUCGUCCGUGCGGUUCUUUUCUGUUUUUUUUUCUUCUUUUCUUUCCUUAUCGAUCGGAUAAGCUAGGAUCAGUCAGAUAAGUUAGAGUAAGGUAGAUAGACAACGCCGGACACCUGGCCCGGGUGUCUGCUAAGCUUACGUUCGAUCGGGUAGCUCGAUCCCACGACCGUCGACGCGCGUUCUUCGGAUUUGUCGUCAUCGCUGCGCGAAUCCGUGUCAAGCUCUUUUUUUUUACCCGGAAACGAUGAGAUCGGAUCGAUUCGAAUCGGGGGAACGGCUACCCGACGCCAGUCGUUGAAGUCGGGAACGCGGUUCCCGGACACCCGCAAAAAGAAAAGCCAAAACACGGGUCUCCCACUGUCCCAUGCUCUACCGUGACGAUGAUCUAGGUGAUAAGGUUGCGACUAGGGUGUAAGUUAACUUAACGCUGUAAGACCUUCUUAGGUUAUUUCGUUGCUGUUUCAUCAUUACCGUUGAUUCGAGCUGAAUUUAAUCGUGUACGCCAGACCGUGCGCAAAGAUUCGUAGCAACCUCGUUGCUUCUGGAAUUUCUGACGCUCAGCUCGGCUCGCGGACCGACGGAGAGACGUCGAUCCGAAGAUCUUCGGACGAUUCAACCGUUGUCGAGUUCAAUGACGAUUAACGAAGGGAAGGAAACCGAAUGGGGGAAACGAAUAAUGAACGACUUCGAAGAUCUUCGGACGCGCGAGCCGCGUCGAGCCUCUGUUUGGACACCUUCAAUUGGUCAUUGGUCAUCGCGCAACCGGCUAAUUUCACUACCGCCAGUCGAUUCUUAACAUUUUAAUUCCUGCACGCUCGCGCGCAAAGCAAUAAAUCCCCUUUUCUUGUCCGAUCCUCUAAAUCGCUCGGUUAAUAUUCCUCGCGCGGCACGACCCAACACCGUUCCGCGAGAAGAGAAUCAGCGGAGCCCGAGCGUUUGUGAUAGUCGCGUCGAAGCCGAUCGACGCCGAACUCUACGGGGUCGAUCCUGUGUAUAUAGCGUACCUCCGAGAAAUCGAACCCUCAUCGGUUCUUCCUCCCGUCGUUGGAACCCUUUCCUUUUUGUCUUCUUCCUUUUCUCAUUUGUUUUUCUUUUUUUUUAUACUUUUACUAUUAACGUGACUACGUAGUGUACAUAUGUAUGUAGCAAGCGAGACAAUGCGUGGAUGCGUGAGUGUGCGUGACUGUUCGUGUGCAUUGUUUGCUGGUCCUUCGAGAUUCUUGGCACCGGGAGCCAAUCUUUUCUUUUUUUGUUCUCUGUCGGAAGGGGUAUAGAGGUUCUAGGUUGGAUAUCAGAAACGCGCAGCAUCCAAGUAUUAAGCGAGCCUAUGGGUGUAUGUAAUUAAUAUACAUAAUGCACAUAUACCAGAAUGAUACAUAUGUAUAAAUAUACGUAUAUGUAUACAUACAUAUAUAUAUAUUUUCAAAUUAAUGUAUUUUUCGAUAUCGUGUGUGUGUGUGUGCGACUGAGUGUGA